GUACCGAGAGGCUAUUCACAAGUGGGAUGAAGCACUUCAGUUAACUCCAGAGGAUGCUACACUUUAUGAGAUGAAAUCACAGGUCCUGAUGUCUUUACAUGAAAUGUUCCCAGCAGUGCAUGCAGCAGAAAUGGCGGUCCAGAGAAACCCACGUUCCUGGGAUGCCUGGCAGACUUUGGGACGUGCCCAGCUUGGAUUAGGAGAGAUAGCACUGGCAAUCCGAAGUUUCCAGGUAUCCUUACACAUCUUUCCAAUGAACCCUGAAGUAUGGAAAGAGGACCUUUCCUGGGCAAGAAAACUACAUGAACAACAGAAGGCAACGAAGACUGAGGCAGUGCAAGCACUGGCAAAAGAAAAAGAUCUUGCACAAGAAUCAAUCCCAGACUAUGACUUUGAAAGUGAUGAAAUUGUGGAAGUCUGUGCUGCCAUUGCAGAGAAGGAGAAAGCUCUUUCAGCAGCUAAAACGGUAGUGAUUGUGUCUGCUUCAGGUGCGGUAGAGACUGUUGCAGAGAAGGAGAAUUGUCCCACAACUCCUGAUGAAACCCUUUUCAUCAGAGCCCGAUAGGGCAGCCUUAUGGUUUGCCAGUACUGUUUUCAGAACUAGUGUUAUUUAUUGUAUUGGGCUUGCUCUGUUUUUGUUUUUUAAGCAGUGGGAGAGCCUACAAAAGUUAAAUAAUUGAACUUAUUUUUAUUUUCUAAAUUGAAAAAGCAAUGACUUGAGUUGUUGUUCCAUCCAUAUUUCUGGAGAAGAAUGUCAAGAGUUCAUUGUAAAAAUAUUACAAACAAAUGUAAUGUUAAAGUGCUUAGCUACGUUCUAACAACUGCUUUCAUCUUU